AUGGACUCGAAGAAUUUGUCCCCCAGUGAAGACUUUCUGCGAUGGCGGCCACAAUAUCAUCUGCAAGCCCCUAGUGGCUGGAUGAACGACGCGUGCGGACUCGGCUACGACCCCAGGACGGGCCUCUACCAUGUGGCCUACCAAUGGAAUCCUGGAUCGGCUCAUUGGAAAAGUAUAUCAUGGGGAAACGCGCGAAGCAGAGAUCUCUGUUCGUGGGAGGUCUUAAGCACUCCUUCGAUCAUUCCAGAAUCAGACGGUGGUAGCAAAGGCGUGUUUACGGGAUGUCUUCAACCAACGAAUGUGGAUGGUCAGGCCGAUGGAGUGCUGACCAUCCUGUACACCUCUGCACGGAGACUUCCCAUUCACUACACGCUCCCGUAUGACCGCGGCUCCGAGCGUAUCCACAUGGCAACAUCUCGUGAUGACGGCAAGUCUUGGAUACCGUACACAGGCAACCCCAUUGUCCCAGGACCGCCUCCGGAACUGGAUGUCAUUGGCUGGCGCGAUCCGUAUGUGGCCGAGUGGCAUUCCAUGGACCGUGCCCUUGGCAGAGAGCCUGGCAAACGCUUAUACGGACUUGUGUCUGGCGGUAUCAAAGACAAAGCGCCCGCCGCUUUUCUGUACGCGAUCGGAAAGGACGCGUUGAACUCGUGGGAAUAUCUAGGACCGUUGAGUGCUCCAUGUAUCAACCACACGCCGUCUCAAUGGACCGGCGACUACGGCGUCAACUGGGAAGUCGGUAAUUUUCUGUCCACGACUGACAAAUCAGCACAACCUCAUGACUACCUCAUCAUGUCCGUGGAAGGAUGUCUGUCAGAGCAGGGAAAGCCGCACAACGCACAAAUGUGGAUGCACGCAUGGAUAGGAAUAGACGACAAGGGGAAACCGACGAUGACAUUCGACUACGGAGGCCGUCUCGACCACGGCAGGAGAUACUAUGCCGCCAACUCAUUCUGGGACCCGAUCUCGCAACAUCACGUAGUGUUCGGAUGGCUGCAGGAGCACGACCUCCCCGAGAUAUGGCAUGACAGGCAGUGCUGGUCGGGGAUGCUCUCCCUCCCACGAGUGGUCAAGCACAGCGAGUUACACUCCGUCCACGGCGCGCUGGCGACCGCUUUGUCAAAGAUCACCUCGAUCGGAAAAACGCUCGAACCCAAAGGCACAUACACCAUAUCCACCCUGGCGUCGGCCCCACAUCCCGCACUCGAGAAGCUACGUGGCAACCUGUUACCAUUUCCCUCACCCACACCAGCCAUGAAGCACGCUACCAGUACCCGUAUAGCCAUGUUCCCCCACCCGACGGCGCACCUGGAGAUCGACGUAUCCUGCUUGCUGGCCCUUGACACCCGUCGCGUGGGCCUAUCGAUGCUGCACUCCGCCGACGCCAAGCAGCGUACGACCAUGUACUUCGACGCAAGGGAAGAGACGUUCGUGAUCGACCGGUCCCAAUCCACGACCAUUGCCGGGGUGGACACGACCCCGGAGACGGCUCCUCAUACUUUAUUCCGCUUUUGUGACACGUCUGGCACUGGCACCGUGCCGCAGGAACCGCUCGACGUGCGAGCCCUUUACGACGUCAGCGCGCUCGAGGUGUUUGUCAACGAGCGCACCGCGAUCGCCACGCGCAUCUACCCCGAUCGGGCGACUUGCUUUGGGAUUGAAGUGUUUCUGGAGUCCGAGCCGGACACCCAAUCCCAACCGAAGUCAGCCGCAGAAAGGGGAGAAGUAGCGUGGACGCGCAGUCAAUGCUGGGAGAUCCUCCCCGACCAGCAAGUACAUUAUAGUAAGAAUGAGAAUGAGAAUGUAGACUGUCUGUUCUGUUCUGCUCUGAUCUAG